AUGGCUAUCCCAGGACACCCCCAAGACACUUCCAUGACUAUCCCAGGACACCCCCAAGACACUUCCAUGGCUAUCCCAGGACACCCCCAAGACACUUCCAUGACUAUCCCAGGACACUCCCAAGACACUUCCAUGACUAUCCCAGGAUACCACCAAGACACUUCCAUGGCUAUCCCAGGAAACUCCCAAGACACUUCCAUGACUAUCCCAGGAAACCCCCACGACACUUCCAUGGCUAUCCCAGGAAACUCCCAAGACACUUCCAUGACUAUCCCAGGAAACCCCCACGACACUUCCAUGGCACUCCUAGGACACUCCCAAGACACUUCCAUGACUAUCCCAGGACACCCCCAAGACACUUCCACGGCUAUCCCAGGAAACUCCCAAGACACUUCCAUGACUAUCUCAGGACAUCCCCAAGACACUUCCAUGACUAUCUCAGGACACCCCCAAGACACUUCCAUGGCACUCCUAGGGCACUCCCAAGACACUUCCAUGACUAUCCCAGGAAACCCCCACGACAUUUCCAUGGCUAUCCCAGGAAACCCCCACGACACUUCCAUGGCUAUCCCAGGAAACUCCCAAGACACUUCCAUGACUAUCCCAGGAAACCCCCACGACACUUCCAUGGCUAUCCCAGGAAACUCCCAAGACACUUCCAUGACUAUCCCUGGAAACUCCCAAGACACUUCCAUGAAUAUCCCAGGACACCCCCAAGACACUUCCAUGACUAUCCCAGGACACCCCCAAGACACUUCCAUGGCUAUCCCAGGAAACUCCCAAGACACUUCCAUGACUAUCUCAGGACAUCCCUAA